AUGCCGGCGACGGCGUCGGCCUUGACGCGAUUCGUCAUCCUAAUUGUAUUCAGCUCAGUGCCAUUAAUAUUUCUUGCGCCACAGACUUCAUGUUACGAAUUCGAACGCCGACAUUCUGCCAAGCUCCGGCAUUUCACGGCCAAGAUCGACAAAAUCGUCUCCUCAUCCAAGCCUUCCACUAUCGUCCGCCCUCCACCGCAGGUCGGCGGAGUGUUCUACCCUGUUGGAUACGGAGCAGAUCCCACCGGCCAAAACGACAGCACCGACGCGAUACAGAAGGCGCUAAACGACGCAUUCCAACAACGUAGUAGCGAUCCAAACCUGAAGGAAGAGCUGAUCCCGGGAAUCAAGGACCUGGGCGGCGCCGUCGUCGACCUCCAAGGCGGCGCGUACAAGAUCAGCAAGCCCAUCUCCUUCCCACCUUCCGGCGGCGGCGGCCUCCUCGUCAAAGACGGCAGCCUCAGAGCCUCGAGAGGGUUCCCAGCGGACCGCUUCCUCGUGGAACUACUCUCGCCGAAAUCGGAGGUGCUGAUCUACAAAACAGAUGACGUGGCGGCGUACCAGGGCAAGGGAAUCUACUACGAGGACGUGAGAUUCAAAGACGUCCUCUUCGACUCCGGGUUCAGCGGCGGCGGAGUCCUGGCGGUGGACACCGCCAGGACUCAGAUAACCAACUGCUAUUUCUUGAACUUCACGACGCAGGGGGUUUUGGUGCAAGGAGGGCGUGAUGCCUUCAUCCAGUCCUGCUUCCUCGGCCAACGCCCCACAGUUGGUGGGGGCGUCGGCGAGAAGGACUAUUCCGGUACUGCGAUCGACCUCGCCGGUAACGACAACGUCGUUACCGACGCGGUGAUCUUCUCCUCCGCGAUCGGGGUGGUGCUGAGAGGGCAGGCCAACAUGUUGAGGGACAUCCACACUUACAACAAGGAGCGGAUCUUCGGCGGGAUCGGGAUCCUGGCCAGGGCGUUCGCCGACUACAACCGGAUCACCGACUGCUUCGUCGACUACAACUCCAUCGUGCUGGAGGACCCUAGGUUCAUCCAGAUCACCAACAGCUUCUUCCUGGGGUACGCGAACGUGGUGCUGAAGGCGGUGAAGGGGAGGCUCGAGGCUCUCUCCAUCACCGACAACUUCUUCCGGGGGAUCGACAUGGCGCCGGUGGUGGAGCUGCAAGGGGAGUUCACGGAGGUCCGUGACGUGGCGGUGGAGCGCAACCAGGCGUGGAACUCCACGGUCAAGUCGACGUCGGCGAAGACGGUUCUGGCGAGGAAAGGGACCAAAUGGGUGGCCGAUUUCAGCAAGGCGCUGCUCUUCCCCGACAAGAUCGAGUAUUUUCAGUACUCGUUCCUGGUGAAGAAGGAGUCCAGCAGGAUGCCGAUACAUGCUGCGACCGCCGUGGCCGGGAACAAGGUGGUGGUGGAGAGCGAGGGCGUGGCGGACGCUGUUGUUUCGGUGGUGGUCGAUCAGUGCAAUCCCAUUUGA